AGUCCACACUAGAGCUGGUUAGAAUUGAAGACUUUGAGUGCGUCAUUUUUCCUGUCCACGUUUCCACUGUAGCCAUAUAUUAUUGAUCAAAACUAUCUGCCUAUUCAUUAAUAAACCAUUAAUCCGUUUGUUAAGACGGACACCACACUAAAACAAACAUAUUUAAAUAUGUAGAUGGGAUAUAUUUGACUUCCUUUACACGCAGUGUUAUUAAGAUAAUGUGACCGUGUACAAUUGACAUUUCUACCCGUUAGGUCCAUAUAGUCACGGACUCAGUGAUGGUGAGGGAUCAGGCGUGUCGGAAGAAGCUUCAAUCCUCUAAUGCCCUUUUAAGGGUUAUAGGACAAUGUAGAAGACGAGUGGGAGGAUGGAAAAGGGGGAAAAAAAACAUUGAUGCGAUGGGGGAAGUUUACGUGUGUGUGCGCGCGUAAAGUCUGACGUCUCCUGGAGCAGGUUAUAAUACAGAUCAGCCGAGAUAUAUAAAAGACACAGUUUUAGUUUCUUGGAUCGGCCUAAAGAGAAAAGCGCAUCUCUAAAGCACCUGUUCCUGAAUUACAUCCCAACUACAGUGUUGUAUACACUAGUCCUCCGGUAUGGUGUUCAAAAGUGGUCCUGUGUCUCAGUCCAUGCGAACCCAUCAGCAUCAGCAGCGCUCCUUUCCACUGCGCUGGCUGUCGGUGUUGAUCCUGACUCUCCUCAUCCUGUCCACAAGCGCCACCUGUGCGCAGUGCACCACGGUUGAGCAAGACCUGCACAUCGUUCACAACGUCGACAACAGAAGCCCUGAGAUUGACCCGUUCUGGUAUGUGGGUCGCGGCGUGAGACCCAUCGGUCGCUUCGGGAAGCGUGAAAGUGACGCAUCGUUCCAGCAAGCGCUCCUUUUACUGCUGCUCAGCGCGCUCAGAAACACGCAGAACGAGCGCAUCGGAGCCUCCUCACCAAACACGGACUAUUACUCAGAAGUGCACAAAUCCUUUACUUGAACACCUAUAAUAACUAACACCCGAAACUUCUUGGUUUUGGAAGGGUUUUGGAACAACAGCAACCAAUUAUAUAAGGUAGCUUAUUAUAGUACACUGUACUUUAUAAUCGAAAAUGAUUGAAAACAUUACCUGCAUAACCCAUCUACAUCACAAACUAAUUUAAAGGAAGCAUACAUGAAUAGAGCUGUCUAAAAAAACAUAACUUUAUGAUACGUGCAUUAAAUCCAUGUAACUGGUCUUUACAGGUCUUUAAAAUUCAACAAAGUUAAAAUAUUAUUAAAAAAGGAUGUUAAAUACAGCAGUGGGGGACUUGUAUGCAAUAUCUCUCCAUCAUCGAUUAUAAUCAUUUCAUUGUCUCCUAAUUCCUGAUUUAAUGUUCUAUGUUUUUCAUGUUAUCUCACAAUUGCUGUUUUCACUUACAAAUCCAUUUAUUGCUUGAAUAUAUGUACAUGUCC